CUUAAAUUUUAGGUUCUCGAGUGUGGAGUUUGUGAAGAUGUAUUUUCUUUGCAAGGUGACAAAGUUCCCCGGUUGCUUUUGUGUGGCCAUACUGUCUGCCACGACUGUCUUACCCGGCUUCCCCUUCACAGCAGAGCAGUUCGUUGUCCUUUUGAUCGACAAGUUACUGAACUAGGAGAUUCUGGUGUCUGGGGCUUGAAAAAGAAUUUUGCUUUGUUGGAACUCUUGGAACGAUUACAGAAUGGACCUGCUGGGCAGUGUGGGACAGCAGAAGAAACCAUUGGUCUAUCUGGAGAGAGUAUCAUUCGUUGUGAUGAAGACGAAGCCCACGUUGCAUCUGUAUAUUGCACUGUUUGUGCCACUCACCUGUGCACAGACUGUUCCCAGCUUACUCAUUCUACAAAGACCUUAGCAAAACACAGGCGUGUACCUCUUGCUGAUAAGCCUCAUGAGAAGACCAUGUGCUCCCAACACCAAGUGCAUGCUAUUGAGUUUGUUUGUUUAGAAGAGGGCUGUCAGGCCAGUCCUCUUAUGUGUUGUGUCUGCAAAGAAUAUGGGAAGCAUCAAGGUCAUAAGCAUUCUGUCUUGGAACCAGAAGCAAACCAGAUUCGUGCAUCCAUUUUAGACAUGGCCCACUGUAUAAGAACUUUCACAGAAGAAAUCUCAGAUUAUUCCAGAAAAUUAGUUGGAAUUGUGCAGCAUAUAGAAGGAGGAGAACAAAUAGUUGAAGAUGGAGUUGGAAUGGCCCAUACUGAACAUGUACCAGGGACGGCCGAGAACGCGCGCUCGUGUGUCCGAGCCUAUUUUUCCGAUCUUCAUGAAACCCUUUGUCGUCAGGAGGAGAUGGCUCUUAGUGUUGUUGAUGCUCAUGUGAGAGAGAAGUUGAUUUGGCUUAGGCAACAACAAGAAGACAUGACCAUCCUCUUGUCACAGGUUUCAACAGCUUGCCUUCACUGUGAAAAGACUUUACAACAGGAUGACUGCAGAGUAGUGUUGGCCAAACAGGAAAUCACAAGACUGCUAGAGACAUUACAGAAACAACAGCAGCAGUUUACAGAACUUGCAGAUCAUGUACAGCUGGAUGCUAGCAUACCUGUCACGUUUACAAAGGACAACAGGGUACAUAUCGGACCAAAAAUGGAAAUUCGAGUUGUCACUCUAGGAUUAGAUGGAGCUGGUAAAACAACUAUUUUGUUUAAGUUAAAGCAAGAUGAAUUCAUGCAGCCAAUUCCAACAAUAGGUUUUAACGUUGAAACAGUAGAAUACAAGAAUUUGAAGUUUACUAUUUGGGAUGUAGGAGGAAAACACAAAUUGAGGCCCUUGUGGAAGCAUUACUAUCUCAAUACACAGGCUGUGGUGUUUGUUGUUGAUAGCAGUCACAGAGACAGGGUCAGUGAAGCACACAGUGAACUUGCAAAAUUAUUAACAGAGAAGGAAUUGCGGGAUGCCUUGCUCUUGAUCUUUGCUAAUAAACAGGAUGUAGCAGGUGCGCUGGCAGUGGAAGAGAUCACGGAGCUGCUGAGCCUCCACAAGCUCUGCUGUGGCCGCAGCUGGUACAUACAGGGCUGUGAUGCCCGGAGUGGCACAGGGCUCUACGAAGGACUGGACUGGCUUUCCAGGCAGUUAGUGGCUGCUGGCGUCCUGGAUGUGGCUUAAUUUUACAGAAGCUGCAGUUUAAAGCUGUAGGUUACUGUUGUGUUUCGUUUGCACGAUUUGGGAUGUCAUAGCCAGGUCUGCUGUCUGAGAAGGGGAUUUUUUUUUUUUUUUUUUUUUUAACUUGGUGGUUACAGGAAAAUACAAGCCUUUAUCCUAGAUUGGAUAAUUG